AGGGAUAAGAGAGCGAGCAGGCCCGUUUCCCCUGCAGCUAUGAACCAGGCCUUCUGGAAAACCUACAAAUCCAAAGUGCUACAGACCCUGGGUGGGGAAUCUGAGGAGGAUCUGGCAGAGGAGAGGGAGAACCCAGCUUUAGUGGAGUCUGAGACAGCAGAACCGACCUCAGAGGCCUUCAAUCCCAUGUCACAGCUGGCCCGCCGGGUUCAGGGGGUCGGAGUGAAAGGUUGGCUGACAAUGUCAUCUCUGUUUAACAAAGAAGAUGAGGAUAAGCUGCUGCCACCGGAGCCCUGUGCUGACCACCCGCUGGCGGCGCAGCCCUCCUCGCAGGCGGCGGAGGCGGCGGCGGCGGAGGCGGAGCCGCGGGGGCUCGGGUUCUGGGACGCGUUCGCCAGCAGGUGGCAGCAGCAGCAGGCGGCGGCGGCGUCCAUGCUGCGCGGCGCCGAGCCCACCCCGGAGCGGGACCCCGAAGCCGGGGAAGAGGCCACGGAGGAGGCCGCCGAGCAACCCGAACCGCGGGAGACCGACGCGGCGGCCGACUUCAAGUGGAGCUUCCUUACCCACAAACUGGCCGAGAUGAGGGUGAAGGCCGCGCCCAAAGGUGACUAGCCGGACGGCUGAACUGGGCGCCCACUCCUCCUUUCCAACAUAA